CAUUAUUACUGACCAGUGCGUUGACCUCGCCAUUACUCUUGAUGGUAUCGCAACCGGUAGGAGAGAUCUAAGGCUGGACUUUCUAUACUCUUGUAUCGAUAUAAUUCAACAUAGAUUCCCCUCCCUCAAGAAUGGAGUCUCUCCCACCGCGAUUUUCCGAAAGCGGCACUGCCAUACCGCGAUUCACAGAAAACUUUAAUGCCUCGCCACCUUAUCAACAGUAUCAGAACUUCGAAGGAGAGCAAACGGGAGUACAUCAGGAUGGUCAGACACAAGAAGGGACAGUGGUGGGAAGCCGUCGAUUAUCGGAUAAAGAGCGACCAUACUCGCCCUCGGAAUUAGUGUCGCCGAUGCCAGAGACUUACCGAUCUGACAAUGAAGAGAAAGAAGUGGUGAUACCACCAGCACAGCCGGAGGCAUAUCAGCGGCCUGAGGAAAGACUUCAAAAACGACGGAGGAUAUGCGGCAUUCCGCUGAUUUGGUUCUUGAUUGCGUUGGCCGCGAUCAUAAUCCUGGCCAUCGCACUCGGCGUAGGGUUAGGUGUAGGCCUGAAUAAUGAUAACUCUUCAGAUUCGGACGAUGAUACCCAAGUCAAUACUGACUACCUCAUCGGAGGCGCUAUCAGUCCGCAGUAUUACACCACAUCUGGCGCGUUCAAUGGAUCUGGCAUCGCUUUGGCCCAGCAGUCCUUCAGUCGGGAACUGCAAGACGGAAAUCAAGGCAGUCUCGUGAUGUACUUUCAGCACUGGAAAGGUGAAAUCAGGUAUAAGCAGUUGAGCAAUGAUGGUUCCUGGCUCGGAGGCGACUAUUCCACAGUUGUGGCGCAAGACGCGAAGAAUAGCACGCCACUAUCAGCUGUUUCAUACGUUCUCAACGAUUCCAGCACGUGGCAUGUCUUCUAUGUCGACCAGAACAACACCUUGAAGCAGCGAUCGAAUAGAAACACGAGUAAUGUGUGGGAGGAUGGGCCGAUCAAUGACCUGAAUUUGAAGGUAUUCGAUGCCGAUAUGGUUGGAAUGCAAGCUUGCUGGUAUGGGAAUGACUACGGCGACAGUGAUUAUGCUCAUACACCACUGCCGAAUGAAUCGCCGCAAGCCAAUCAGUCGCAUGAAGUCGGGAUGCACAUGUGGUAUGCUUCCGACAACAACACCUUCCAGCAGUAUGGCUGGCGUGAUGGUGAUGACACCUGGGAGCAUCAAGGUUCGUGGCCAAACAUGAAUGGCCAUGCAGGCGUUGGUUGCUACAGCUGGGGUCCCGGGACCGUCACAUAUGUCAUGUUUGUGAAUUCAGAGAACACCGUCGAGUUCUGGUGGAAGGACACGAACACCAAUCUGACCAAUACGACGGCGCAUCCGAUCAAUGCUUGGACGAAUGCGACUGGAGUCUCCAUACCCAACGUUCAUCCUUCAACAUCCCUGGGCUACACAAACGUGUUCUAUGCCCAGCUUGAGGAUCUGCAUAUCCACGGCUUCAAUAUAUCUUGGGCGGCCGAAAACACGACGAUGUAUGAUCCUUUUCAAGUCGGCAGCGCUCGAGGCCUACCUGGCACGCACAUGGGCGUUACUGCACUUCCAAACAACAGUGGUGGUAAUGAUCUGCUGGUAUUCUUCCAAACGAAUGGGAGCGAUAUAUCGGAGUACACGAGGGAUAUUGUUGCAGGGCAAUGGGCGCAGGUGGAGAUCGGUAUACCGUUAUGA